CUCGGGAGGGUCCGCGGGUCGCGAGGCGGCGGCGGCGGCGGCGGCGGCGGCGGGAGGAGAGGUGCCGCGGGGAAGAGACUCCGAGAGCUGCCAGCGGCCUGCUGUGACCGAGCUGCUGCCCCAGCAUCGCCCGAGAUCUUCACGUCCGCCCGGGGUACCAAGAGGGGUCCCCGAGAGCACAGCGCCCGGUCUCUACAUGAAGCUGAAGUGAGAGGAGCCAGCUGCCGGGGCCCCACGUCCACGGCCAGGAUGGCCAAGGCCCGGCUCUUCCGCCUGUGGCUGGUCCUGGGCUCUGUGUUCAUGAUCCUCCUGAUCAUCGUGUACUGGGACAACGUGGGCACGGCCCACUUCUACCUGCACACUUCCUUCUCCAGGCCGCACCCCCUGGAGGGCCUGCCCACCGCCGGGCAGCGGGAAGAGAAGGAGCUCCCGGCCGACAUGGACGAGUUUUUGGAGAAGCUGCUCAGUGGCGGCGCGAAGCAGAACGUCCUUUCCGGGAAAAAGAUGGAGCAGCCCUCCCUGCUGGCCUCCGGCAGGCCCGUGCUGAGCAACGUGGAGGAGAGGAUAAGGGGCUACGACUGGUCCACGCACGGCGCGCAGCAGAGCCCAGACCUGGACCGCCGGCAGGCCGAGAGGAGGAGCGUGCUGCGAGAGCUCUGCGCCAACGCGAGCUUCGUGUUCCCCACCAAGGAGCGCUCCUUCGACGACAUCCCCAACUACGAGCUGAACCACCUCAUCGUGGACGACCGCCACGGCGUCAUCUACUGCUACGUGCCCAAGGUGGCCUGCACCAACUGGAAGCGCGUGAUGAUUGUGCUGAGCGAGAGCCUCUUGGACCAGGGCGCGCCCUACCGCGACCCCCUGGACAUCCCCCGGGAGUACGUCCACAACUCCAGCACCCACCUCACCUUCAACAAAUUCUGGCGUCGCUACGGGCGGUUCUCGCGCCACCUGAUGAAGAUCAAGCUGAAGAAGUACACCAAGUUCCUGUUCGUGCGGGACCCCUUCGUCCGCCUCAUCUCCGCCUUCCGAAGCAAGUUCGAGCUGGAGAACGAGGAAUUCUACCGCAAGUUUGCCGUCCCCAUGCUCAAGAUGUACUCCAACCACACCAGCCUGCCCGCGUCGGUCAGCGAGGCCUUCAGCGCCGGCCUCAAGGUGUCCUUCGCCAACUUUAUCCAGUACCUUCUGGACCCGCACACCGAGAAGCUGGCGCCCUUCAACGAGCACUGGCGGCAGGUGCACCGGCUCUGCCACCCCUGCCAGAUAGACUACGACUUUGUGGGCAAGCUGGAGACGCUGGACCAGGAUGCGGCCCAGCUCCUCCGGCUCCUCAAGGUGGACAAGCUUCUCCACUUCCCGCCCAGUUACCGCAACAGGACUGCCAGCAGCUGGGAGGACGACUGGUUCGCCAAGAUCCCCCUGGCCUGGAGGCAGCAGCUUUACAAACUCUAUGAAGCCGAUUUUGUUCUCUUUGGCUACCCCAAGCCCGAAAACCUGCUUCGAGACUGAAGGCAUUAGGGGGAAAUCCCCAACACCGAAAACAACCCUGCUGGUGGUGUUCCUUUAAACCCGAAUGAGCGGCGUGCUGUACCACGGCCAUCUUUUGAGGAGGGAGCGACGGGUCCCACGUGUAUUUUUUUAUGGCUUCGUUUCCUUCCCCCUUGGACACAUUGCAGAAUUCCACGACACUCCUGUCGACGAGGCAGCUGGAAGGUCCCCGUGGCCACCCCCCCGCAAUCCAGUUUUUAAAAUAACCGACCGUUUUGCAAUCUAGACUGUUUACCACGCUGCCUAUAUCCAUUGAGGACUGUGUUAAUAUUGUUUUUUUAAGAUUAAUAUAUUUCAGAUAUUUAAUAUGAAAAGUGGGGAAGGAGUUGAUGGAGUAAAAUGUUUCAUCUGCUCCUUCUGCCUGCCCUCGUGGUUAUUGGGGUGGCGUGACAGACGCAGAGUAAGGGGCCCCGAGCAACUUGACGCUGAUUUUUAGAUCUCAGAAACUCGGUUAAAGGAAGGGACGUUUCGCGGUUGUCUUCAGCAAAAAAGGAGGCAUGUAAAUUUGAAAUCAGGCCUUAUCUGUAUUUGUACUGACAUAGCAGACAAAUCCUUCGAAAGUGAAAGCUCUUAGUAGGUGAUAUCUCAGCAAAGGGAAAUGGUUAUAUAGGGUUUGUAUUUGAGCUCACGUCAGAGGCACCCCACUUCCAGGGCACAGGUACAGAGCUGGGAGUCUGAGCCCAGCCGCUCCCUUCCUUUAAUGCAGAGCCCGUGGACGUGAGGAUUUGCAGGAACAGGGACCGUGUGGGUAGGAGUUGGUCCCUAGGAUGCUUUUCCUCCAUCAGCAAGCUGAGGCUCAGGUGUGGUUUUCGUCACGCACCUGGCUGGUUGGGUUCAGCUCCAGUGACAUCCACCCUGGGGGAUGUGACAGACACCGGGAUUGUCACGCUUGACAGCCCCGACUUGGUCAAGGUGUCUGUGCAAGUCCAGGAUGGCUCUUUCGAAAUGUCUGGUUCAAGUUCCUUCACAGUUUGUGCCGUGAGCCUGUAACUGGGGAGAAGUCCGCGUCAGGUCGCGUGGUUGGGCAUCACGCUUGAUCUCUUCUUCUCCAUCCCGAGCGCCUGGUCCUCGACGCCCAGUUCCGGGAGAGCUGGCAGCGCACUGAGGAGGGUUCCCCUUGGGUCUUCUUGCUUUUUCUGGCUUCCAGACGCCACUGAGGCUUGUUUGAGCCGAUGGCCCAUGAGUGCUCACCUUACACACUUGGGGCUCCACGGUGCUGGAAACCAUCAGUCUCCUUUUUGAAGCUUCUCUUCUUUUUAUAAAACAUUUGGCAGCAAAGAUACUCAAGCUUGGGUCAGCCCUGAUGGCCUGGUGACUAAGUUCGUGGCACUCCACUUUGGCGGCC